AUGUUUCUGGCAAAGAGAAAUAUAACCGCUGGGGCCACAUUCACCCUCUUGGGUUUCUCAGAUUACCCAGAACUGCAGGCCCCCCUCUUCCUGGUAUUUCUGGCCAUCUACAGCUUCAGUGUGGUAGGGAAUCUUGGGAUGAUUGUGAUUAUCAAAAUUAACCCCAAACUGCACACCCCCAUGUACUUUUUUCUCAGCCACCUCUCAUUUGUGGAUUUCUGCUAUUCUUCCAUCAUUGCUCCCAAGAUGCUGGUGAACCUACUUGCAGAAGACAGAACCAUUUCCUUUUCAGGAUGUAUGGUGCAAUUCUUCUUCUUUUGCACCUUUGUGGUGACUGAAUUAAUCCUAUUUGCUGUGAUGGCCUAUGACCACUUUGUGGCCAUUUGCAGCCCUCUGCUCUACACAGUCACCAUGUCCUCAAAACUCUGUGCCUUGUUAGUGGUUGUAUCAUAUGCAUGGGGAGCAGCCUGUUCCUUGACACUCACAUGUUCUGCUGUCAAAUUAUCUUUUCGAGGUUUCAACACAAUCAACCACUUCUGUGAGCUCUCCUCUCUGAUCUCCCUCUCUUGUUCUGAUUCUUAUCUCAGCCAGUUGCUUCUUUUCACUGUUGCCGCCUUUAAUGAGGUGAUGACACUGCUCAGCAUUCUCACUUCUUACCUGUUCAUUGUUGUCACCACCUUGAAGAUGAAAUCAGCUGGCGGCCACCGCAAAGUCUUCUCCACCUGUGCCUCCCACCUGACCACUGUCAGCAUCUUCCACAGCACCAUCCUCUUCCUCUACUGUGUGCCCAACUCCAAGAACUCCAGGCACACAGUCAAAGUGGCCUCUGUGUUUUACACUGUGGUGAUCCCCAUGUUGAAUCCUCUGAUCUACAGUCUGAGAAAUAAAGAUGUCAAGGACACAGUCAGCAAAAUAAUGAAAAUGAAAUUUUUUUCAUAUUGA